AUGCCCCGUCAACGACGUCAAGGAAUCGUAUACGAUGUUCGUGAGCAAGGAACUGCCCGUCUCAUAUUUGAUGAAAACCGUACUAAAUUUGAUGGAGUCCUUGACACAAUCUCUGGCGAGACGAUGUUGGUCCGUGGUCGUGUGACGUCAUCAGCUGAUCUCGCUAGUACCUCAGCCACUGCUGAUGGAAGUAUCGUAAUGGAUGUAGAUGUUGUGGACGGAGAAGAAGGAUCUGCAUUCCAUGUGACUGGUGUCAAGGUUUUUGUCGAUGAUGAGCAUGCCGCAAUCGACUCAACAGCCAUCAAGUUCGAGGCACUCGAUCGGUUGAUUGGCAUGAAAGCAGCUGUCGAAAUCCAACAACACAUUAGCCCAGAAAUCGCCGAUGACUCGAAGGAAGUAUUCGUAGGAAAAAUGCAGAUCCAUCUUCUCACAUCGCACCGUCCAUCCCCAUCGACACGACGUGAAUCUAUUUGUGCUGAGAACAACGAUAUUAAAAUUUUGGAGGUGUCAGAUGAUUUCUUGUCUUAA